CAACCUGCUUACAACAUGACCAGUAACCCUCUUUAUCUCUCUGCCCUAUCGUUUAACCUCCACCAGAACAUCCAGCACAGGAAGUACGCCCGCUGGAAGGCGACCUACAUCCACAACUGUCUGAAGAAUGGGGAGACGCCUCAGGCAGGGCCCAUGGCCAUGGACGAGGACGGAGAAGCAGACGAGUUCGGAGCUGCAGGAUUCUCAGGCCCCUCCCAGGGCGGAUCCUUCAGGGGAGCUCCUCCUUCUCAGUCCUAUGACGACCAGGACAAGAGCUCGGAUCCAGGUCCGGCCCCUGGGAUCGGAUUUACCCCGAGUCCGGGACCAUCGGGUCCCCCCACCAGCAACUACAACAACAUCCACAUCCCACCAGGGGCCCACGCUCCGGCCAACACUCCAGCUGAGCUGCCUCCACCUGCAGCAGAAGGAGUUAAACCAGUGCCUUUGCCUCGCUCGGUGCCCACUGUCGACCCCACACUGCUCAACGCCCAACAGCAGG